GUGCAGUCGACACCGACAACACGCUUGCACCCGCAUUAUUUAGUCUAUGGUCAUUUGACAGUUCACAAUGUUCACAUUUCUGGCGUUGUCGAACUUAUCACGAGAUAAACACAAGUUUUACUAACUUAUUUUACUAAAUAUUGUCUGGAUAUUCACUAAAAAAAGAUCAUAAGUAGUCGAAAAUCGCACACGGAGCGGAAUUACUAAUCUACAAUUAGUGGAAUGUUGGCUGUACUGUCCGAAAAUUUUGACUCGGAACAGGUGUUUUUGAAAGAAAUGUGUUGCAGUUCCCAUCAUUAUUAAUUUCUAGUGUCGUGAAUAAUAAAAAGUGUAUCGAUCCGCGUCGGCCGAAUCGCCCGGUCGCCAGUUAUUUUGACUCGGAAGAACGAACCGGACGUCGCUCGUCGUUCGUAAACAACCGAUAGAGAUAAAGAAGGACGCCACUCCGUCUCCGAGAAUCGUUCACCCACGAGAUGAGACGGUUCAGGCCGGCGGGCUCGAGGUCCGGCUAGGGGCUAUGGUGCAGCACGGGGGCUCGCCGACGGUGAUGACCCGGGGCGCCCGGUGAGGUGGCGCCGUGGCGAGGAUGCCGCACCAGUUCGGCGCGGGCCUGGGCGGCGCGCCGACGGGCGAGUCGCCGCCGCCGCAGCACGGCGCGCUGUUCCCGCGCUACGCCAGCGCGGCCGGCCCCGGCGCCGGCGCCUACCGCCCCGACGAGCGCCGCCUCACGCGCGAGGCCAUGGAGCGCUACCUGCGCGACCGCGCCGACAUGGUCGUCGUCAUACUGCACGCUAAAGUCGCGCAGAAGUCUUACGGCAACGAGAAACGGUUUUUCUGCCCGCCGCCCUGUAUAUACCUAUUUGGUGAUGGCUGGCGGCUGCGGCGCGAGCGCAUGCUGCGCGAGGGCGAGACGGAGCAGGCGGCCCAGCUCUGCGCCUUCAUAGGUAUAGGAAACUCCGACCAGGACAUGCAGCAGCUCGACCUGAACAAUGGGAAACAGUACUGUGCGGCUAAAACCCUGUACAUAUCGGACUCUGACAAGAGAAAACACUUUAUGCUAUCGGUUAAGAUGUUUUAUGGAAACGGACAUGACAUAGGUAUAUUCAAUAGUAAGAGAAUUAAAGUCAUUUCGAAGCCUUCUAAGAAGAAGCAGUCGUUGAAGAAUGCAGACUUAUGUAUUGCGAGUGGUACGAAGGUAGCUUUAUUCAAUCGCCUAAGGUCACAGACGGUGUCGACUAGAUAUCUGCAUGUAGAGAAUGGGAACUUUCAUGCAUCAUCAACUCAGUGGGGAGCGUUCACGAUUCACCUGCUGGACGACAAUGAGAGUGAAUCAGAGGAAUUUGCAGUGCGAGAUGGAUAUGUUCACUAUGGGUCCACUGUGAAGCUGGUCUGCUCGGUGACAGGCAUGGCUUUGCCUAGGCUAAUAAUAAGAAAGGUAGACAAACAAAUGGCCCUUCUAGAGGCGGACGAUCCAGUCUCCCAGCUCCACAAAUGCGCGUUCUAUAUGAAGGACACAGAACGCAUGUAUCUGUGCCUAUCGCAGGAGCGAAUCAUACAGUUCCAAGCCACGCCAUGCCCUAAGGAGCCAAAUAAGGAGAUGAUCAAUGAUGGGGCCUGUUGGACCAUUAUCUCGACAGAUAAAGCGGAGUACCAGUUUUAUGAAGGCAUGGGACCUGUCAGGUCACCAGUGACGCCUGUCCCUCUCGUCCACUCCCUCAACCUCAACGGCGGCGGUGACGUGGCCAUGCUAGAACUGGCUGGAGACAACUUCACGCCGUCCCUCCAAGUGUGGUUCGGGGAUGUGGAGGCUGAGACCAUGUACCGCUGUGCGGAGUCUAUGCUCUGUGUCGUGCCGGAUAUAUCGCAGUUCAGGGGGCAGUGGCUGUGGGUGCGGCAGCCUACGCAGGUGCCCGUGUCCCUCGUCCGCAACGACGGCAUCAUCUACGCCACGGGGCUCACGUUCACAUACACGCCCGAGCCGGGCCCGCGGCCGGCCUGCGCGCCCGUCGAUGACGUCAUGCGCCCCGAAGCCGCCGCCACCACAGCCUGGCACCACGAGCCGCACGCCGCCCACCCGGCGCACCCCACACAUGCACUACAGUAAACUGCAGACUCGGUACGUGGAAUACCAGACAAGGUAGACCGAAGCGGUGCCGUGAGUGAGACCGGAGGUGUACGACAUCAAAGAAUCAAGAUAGAAUUCUCGAUUCGGUGAGUGAAUUGCGAACAUUAUAAAGUCCAUUUCAGUUUGUUUUGUUAUAUUUGGUAAACAAUUAAUAAUUUACAUUUUUGGGCAUGGUUUACGAGGAUUGGACGGUGCGAUGCGAUUGCGCGAAUGAUAAAUAUCGUCACUACUUUGAAAAAAUCUCAUUUUUUUGUGUCAAUAUAAAGAAAAAUGUAGUAACUAUGUAUGGGCUGCAUAUGGAGUUACUGCAUUUUAACUUUGAGUAGGAAAGUGAGAUACGAGAUUUUUUCAAAGUACUAACGAUGUAGGUAUUAAUCGUUAACGUCCAAAUGCUCAGCAUUUUUGAAGAUUAUAGCGAUCUGUAAUAUAUAUAAU